UUCAAGCCAAACACACUGUCACACCAAAGGAAUCCGACCGAAGAAGUCGGCAGGGAAGCGUUUAUCACCAAAUAUAACCCAUACCCAAUUUGCAGAACAGCAAUUCAUGAAGUGGGUAAAGUUUGUUGGAAGUCUCAGACACUCCCUGUUCUCCACGGCAAAGAACAAACUCUUCCUUCUUAUACUCUUAUCGUCCAUAAGAACCCCGCAGCUGGAGAUUUUACAACAAUUCAAGCCGCCAUCAAGUCUCUUCCCUUUAUUAAUCUUGUGAGAGUUGUUAUUAAGGUCAAUGCAGGAGUAUAUACGGAGAAAGUGAAUAUACCACCAUUGAAAUCUUUCGUAACCAUAGAAGGAGCAGGUGCUGACAAAACCAUAGUUCAAUCGGGAGAGACAGCUCAAACAAUUGGGUCUAAAGGGCAGCCUAUUGGUAUCUUCAAUUCUGCAACAUUUGCAAUAAAUUCCCCUUAUUUCAUAGCAAAAAACCUUACUUUUAAGAACACAACACCUCUUCCCCCACCAGGAGCUUCUGGAAAGCAAGCAGUAGCACUUAGGAUAUCAGCAGAUACUGCAGCCUUUUGGGGUUGUAAAUUCUUGGGAGCUCAAGAUACACUGUAUGAUCACCUGGGCAGACACUAUUACAAGGAUUGCUAUAUUGAAGGUUCUGUAGAUUUCACCUGGGCAGACACUAUUACACGGGCAUGGGGUACCUUCUCUAGGGUUGUCUUUGCUUAUACAUAUAUGGACGAUAUUAUCCUUCCCAAAGGCUGGUUUAACUGGGGAGACCCCAACAGGGAAAUGACCGUAUUCUAUGGACAGUACAAGUGCACUGGACCAGGAGCAAUCAAUGCAGGAAGAGUUUCAUGGUCGAGAGAAUUGACUGAUGAGGAGGCCAAGCCUUUUAUUUCUCUGAGUUUCAUUGACGGAUCAGAGUGGAUCAAUUUGUUACAGAGGGGUGGCUUCUCUUUCUUAAUUUCUUUGCCCUGCUCCCUAUUACUCCCUUGUGUAAAAUGA